AUGGCUUCGCGUCCCCAGAACAUUGGCAUUAAAGCCAUUGAGAUUUACUUCCCCAGCCAGUAUGUCGAGCAGAGCGAACUCGAAAAAUUCGAUGGCGUCAGUGCCGGAAAAUACACCAUUGGCCUCGGCCAGACCAAGAUGAGCUUUUGCGAUGACCGCGAGGACAUUUAUUCUCUUGCCCUUACCGUUACCUCGAACCUGCUCAAGAAGUACAACAUCGACCCCAACUCUAUUGGUCGCUUGGAGGUUGGCACCGAGACCAUUUUGGACAAGUCCAAGUCGGUCAAGUCUGUUUUGAUGCAGCUAUUCGGUGACAAUGCCAACCUCGAAGGCGUCGACACCGUCAAUGCUUGCUACGGCGGCACCAACGCCCUGUUCAACAGCGUCAACUGGGUAGAAUCCUCCGCCUGGGACGGCCGUGAUGCCAUUGUCGUUGCUGGCGAUAUUGCUCUGUACGCCAAGGGCAAUGCUCGCCCUACGGGCGGUGCCGGUGCCGUGGCUAUGCUGAUCGGCCCUGAUGCCCCUGUCGUUAUGGAGCCCGGCCUGCGAGGCACCUACAUGCAGCACGCCUAUGACUUUUACAAGCCCGACUUGACCAGCGAGUACCCCUACGUCGAUGGGCACUACUCCAUUAACUGCUACACAAAGGCCCUGGAUGCUGCCUACCGUGAUUACUGCAAGCGCGAGUCCAAGCUUGCCAAUGGCAAUGCCAACGGUACCGAUGCUAGCAAGACUCCCCUCGACCGCUUCGACUACCUUGCCUUCCACGCCCCUACUUGCAAGCUCGUGCAAAAAUCGUACGCCCGACUGCUGUACCAUGAUUACCUCGCCAACGCUGAUGCUCCCGCCUUCGCUGAGGUGGCUCCCGAGUUGCGUGACAUGGAUUAUGAGAAGUCUCUGACUGACAAGGUUGUUGAGAAGACCUUCAUGACCUUGACCAAGAAAAAGUUCCAGGAGCGUGUCCAGCCCGCUACCCAGGUUGCUACUAUGUGUGGUAACAUGUACUGUGCUAGCGUCUGGGGUGGUGUUGCUAGCUUGCUGUCCUUUAUUGACCCCAAGGCCCUGGAGGGCAAGCGAAUUGGUGUCUUCUCAUAUGGAUCUGGUCUGGCCUCGAGCUUCAUGUCCUUCCGUGUUAACGGCAAUGUUGAGGCCAUUGCCAAGAAUCUGAACAUUCCCUCUCGUCUGGAGGCCCGCCGUGCCGUCCCUCCUGAGACUUUCGAUGCCAUGUGCGAGCUCCGUCAUCAGGCCCAUCUGAAGAAAGAUUACACCCCCAAGGGCGAACCCUCGACCAUCAUCCCUGGCACUUACUACCUGGAGAAGGUUGACGAUAUGUUCAAGCGCGAGUACAAGGUCCAGGCAUAA